AUGGCUUUUUCUGAUCUUCCUAGAAUUAUUAGAAAAGAGAUCACCUGGGGUAAACACCCAGAACAGCUUAUUGAAGAUGAGAAUCAAUCUUUGACUAUCACUCUGACCAAUGGUAGAACUGCUAUCAUUCAUGAGGAUCAGAUUGCUGCUAAAAAGGAAAAACCUUCUUACUGGGCAAUUUUUGCCGCCGGUGCUGGCUUGUUUUCCGAUGGUUAUGUCAAUAACUCUAUCUCCACUGCUUCUACGUGCUUGAAGAAUAUUUAUGGCUCUCAGUAUACCAAUUCUCAUGCAAUUCAGAACGUUUCUUCCGUUGCUUUUGUCGGUACUGUGGUUGGCCAAUUAAGUUUCGGUAUUUUCUCUGAUUACAUCUCCAGAAAAACAGGUAUGUUGGUCGCCUGUACAGGUAUGAUUUUCUUUGCCAUUCUCUGCGCCGGUGCCUGGGGUAUUGGAACUGAGGCCUGUGUCGGUUGCUAUGCCGGUGGAUUGUUCACAGCUUUGACCAUUUACCGAUUCUUUCUCGGUAUUUUCAUUGGUGCCGAGUAUCCUACCGGUUCUGCUGCAUGCGCAGAGGCAUCGUCCUUACUUCCUGUAGGUAAAAGAAACAAAUACUUUGCCUGGUUUACCAACUUCAUGAUCGAUACCGGUUUUGUCAUCUCUGCUUUCGUUCCUAUGGUUAUGCUUUGGAUUUGUGGUACUGACAACCUACAACCUGUCUGGAGAGUCACUUUAGGUCUUGGUGCCAUCCCUCCUCUUUCUUUGUUCUUCCUGAGAUUGAAGUUCAGUGAAGGCGAACAAUUCCAAAAAUUGAACUUCAAAAGCGUCAAGGUUCCUUGGAUGCUAUGCUUACGUUUCUACUGGUGGAGACUAAUCGUUGUUUCCAUUAUUUGGUGGAUAUAUGACUUUUCUGCUUACGCUUUUGGUAUCUAUUCUUCUCCAAUUAUUAACACCAUCGUUCCUGAUGCCGAUAUGUACAAGACAUUUGGCUGGAACAUUGUCUUCAACUUAUUUUAUAUUCCUGGUGCUUUCCUCGGUGCUAUUGUUACUGAUUACAUCGGUCCUAGAUUGACCCUUGCUACUGGUGUCUUCACCCAGGCUAUAGUUGGUUAUGCUAUGGCUGCAAAUUACGAGACUUUGACAAGACAUGUUGCUGGUUUCACUGUUGUGUAUGGUAUUUUCAUGACCCUUGGUGAGUUUGGACCCGGUGAUAACAUUGGUCUAUUGGCUGCAAAGACAAGCUCUACCCCUGUUAGAGGUGUUUACUAUGGACUUGCCGCUGCAAUUGGUAAAAUAGGUGCAUUCAGUGGAACCUACGCUUUCCCAGCGUUCCAGGCUCAUUUCCCCGGAUAUUUGGGUUACCAAGUUCCAUUUUAUCUUGCUUCAUCUUUAGCAAUCCUCGCUGGUUUCUUGGCAUUGUUCUGCCUUCCUCCUGUUGACCAGGAGGCUAUGCAGAGAGAGGAUCUUAGGUUUCUACAAUAUCUAACUGCGCACGGAUUUGACGUUUCUCAGCUAGGUGAAGGUUCUUUCGGUAAGACAUUCAAGGCUGAGGCAGAGACCGUUCUGGUCGAGGACAAAAAAGACACCCAGGAUGGAGAGUCCACCUAA